UUUGCACCCGGCGCUGUUCCCUAGCUAUAAAAUUAGCGGGCAGGCAGCCUGCUCCCCAAGACUUCCAGACGAUAACCUCCCGCCUGUUGCUUCUGACUUCCACUCUCACCUAAGCUCAGUAUGGACCCCAACUGCUCCUGCGCCACUGGUGGCUCCUGCGCCUGCGCCAGCUCCUGCUCGUGCAAAGAGUGCAAAUGCACCUCCUGCAAGAAGAGCUGCUGCUCCUGCUGCCCCGUGGGCUGUGCCAAGUGUGCCAAGGGCUGCAUCUGCAAAGGGGCUUCAGACAAGUGCAGCUGCUGCACCUGAUUUCGGGGAGACCCUGUUCCCAUGUGUACAUAGAGUGGCUGUGAAA